CAGCAAAGGGGAAUAAGUUGGUCCGAAUAAAAGCUAAAGUUGAUGAUAAAAUAAUUUUUUAUAUAAUGUCACAACAAAUCAGAGCACAAUUUAUUAAACCAAUAACGGAGUAAGUUCCAGAGAAACAUAAAUGGUCAGAAAUUAGGAUAAUUCUCGAAGAACUUACCUCAAAUGUGACAAUGGAGUCUUACUUGAUGAUGUUGUAUGUGACCUUAGAGCAGGAGUCGGCUCUCAAAAACUUCUUUGUGGAUCAGGGAUGGCGGUUUUGUAAACCAGAUUUAUCAGUUACCACAGACAAAGUUGGACCAAGUGUUACUACACCACCAGUAGUUCCACUGAAAGAUAAAGCUGCUGCUGACGAUACUGUUGCUGAUCAAAACAAACAGUCGUCUAGAAUUGUUGUAAAGGAACCAGAAUCAACCCCAAAAACAGAUUCACCACUAACAAGAAAUAAAGGAAAAAGAAAAACAGAAUCACCGCAAGCAACAUCAACAAAUGUCAAACAACCUAAAGUUUUGUUGCCCCAAUCAACUGUGACUGUGCCAAAAAGUAGUGAAUCUGUAAGUUCUAAGACAGAAGUUGUAGAUAAACCACUUAGCUCAAGUAGCAAUUUAACACCUAUCACUGUGCUUGGAGAAGAUGGGAAACAUUUUACUAUAAAAAUAGAACAGGAUGCUGAUGAUUUGCAAGAAAAUGUUGUUCAAGCAGAAAGCAGACAUGAUGGAAUUUGUGCUAAUUCUAGUGAUAAUGUGAUGUGCAAUGAUAAUAAUAGUUUUUACGAUGGUGGUGAUGAUAACUUUCAUGAUGACGGUGAUGAUGUUAAUGAUGAGUCUACUGAUAUGGAUUACAGUAAUGAUGGAGCAUUAGGAAAUACAAGUGUUAACACAGAAAAUCAGUUGUCAGCAGGUGAUUCAAUGGGCUCCGCUUCACUGAAAGGAUCUACCAAGUCCAAAGGCAAAGUCCAUUAUUCCUCUGCACUGAUGCAAUGCACAUCUGUAUCUGGUCAAAGAAUAUUCAAAAGUGUUUCUAGCGAAGAUAUUGAAAACUUCAUAGACCUGAGCCAUCAGAAUAAAAACACGCUUAGAAAGACUACAGGUGAUACCAGUUUGUUUAAAUCAUUUUGCGAAACUAAGGAAGAAUUCAGAUCUCUGGAGAUGAUCCCACCAUAUCAGUUGAACCAACUUUUGUGCGAGUUUAUUUUGUCAGUGACGAAGAAGAACGGCACUGAAUAUGAACCAACGUCUCUGCGAUGUAUUAUUGGAUCAAUCCAUAGAUACCUCCGAUUGAAUGAUUACCAUUGGUCGAUUAUUACAAGUGCUGAAUUCAAAAGAGCAAGGGAAGUGUUAAAGACAAAACAGAAGCAGUUAAAGAUGCUAGGGAAAGGAGGUUGUAAAACAAAAGCUGCUGAUCAAGUUGAUGAUGAUUUGAUAGAAAAGUUUUAUGAAUGUGGAAUUCUUGGGGAUGGCAAUCCUAAAGCUCUAAUCAAUACAUUGUGGGUGAUGGUUACCGUACAUUUUGGGAUAAGGACGGGACAGGAAGCUUAUAACAUGAGGUGGGGUGACGUACAGGUGAAAGAAGACAGUUUUGGUGAAUAUCUUUUGUAUGAUGCAGAGAAACAAUGUAAAACAAAGACAGAUUCAAGAUUAUGUCAAGCAAGGGUUUAUUCAAUGAAUGAUCCACCAAGGGACCCAGUCCAUCUCUACAAGCUGUACUUAGACAAAAGGCCACCAGGAAUGCUAGAGGACAACAGUCCAUUCUUCCUGUCCGUGGCUAAUAGUGCACCAAACCUUCUACAAUCCUGGUUUAAAACACAACCAAUGGGAAUAAACAAAUUAUACAAUAUAUUGAGGGAUAUGAGACUGGAAGCUGAUAUGAUAAAUGAGCAAAGAGCAGCUGCUGAUAGAUUGUAAGAAGAAAAGGUCAGUGUACGAGCAAUUGUAAUUACGAUAAGUUUGAAAUAAUUGAAGCUUAUGACAUGACAGAAGACACUGGCGAAUCUGUAUAUAUAGGGUGACAAAGAUGACUAGAUAGAGAAGAUUGUCAACGGUUUCCCUCAAGCUGAAAUUACUCACCAUGCAUCUGAUUAUUCCAUAUCUCUUGAUGAAAUGACAGCAUCAAAUAGGUGGUUAAGUGAAUAACAGAAACGUCACCCAGAAUUAGAUUUGAUGGCUCCUAUACUUUUGCCAAUCUGAAAGACUUUUUGCACCAUCAAACAGAAAAUCUCAAAUUAUAAGGAACAAAUGAACUUUAUUGUAUUUAAGUGUCAUGGUACUGUCAAACAUCCUUUAAAUAUGGAGAGAAAAAAAUUUGAGUUUGAAAUAACUGAAAAUGAUAACAUUUUAACUGUUAUAGAGUUAGGAAACUUCCGCCUUAUUUUGUAGUUGUUGAAGGAUUUAAUGAAGAAGAAGAUAGUACAUUUAUUCGGAAAUUUCAGCUAGUGACAAAUUUAUGUAGAAAAUAUUUAAGUGACAACUUUUUAAAUUAUGUCAGGACUGAUGAAAACCAUUAUUUUGUUGUACGAUUCACACAAAACAAUUAACUAUUAAGCGAACUGAAUUAUCAAGGAAAAUAUUGUUUUGUUUGUUUUACCACCACAAGAAUCAUGUAAAGUGAAAACAAGAAAAGACAUUGUGUUUUGAAAGUUUGGUGUCAAGAUCUGAAGUUUGUUUUUGAAAAGUUUGUAAAAAAGAAACAGAAAUUCAAUUUAAAUAACUAUUGCAAAGAAAGUUAAUGACAAAGUGGUUAACCCUGUGGCCUUCAUAUCUUGGUUUUAAAUUGCCGGAAUAUAUCAUUCACAUGAUGCUAGAAGAACCAACCGUCCUUCAUAUUUUAGAAAGUCUAUUUAUGUGAAAUCUUAAGCCAAUAAAAAUUGUAGCUACUAGCAAAAUAUUCAAUGAGUUAUGGUCAAUUUCUUUGCUCAUGUGAAUCUUUAUUGUAGCUGUAUAUUAUAUAGUUGUACUGAAACUGCAUUUUAUGUUAUAGAUAAAGAUGUAAUGUUAGUUCAUGUGUAAUAAUGUGUUUCAAUAUAGUUUUUAGAAAUUCUUCAAUGAAAUUUAAAGGUGUUUGAAAGUUGCAAAAUGAAGUUGCUAAAUGUUAAUACUUGUCAUAUAUUUUAACACCAGAACCAGUCAAAUAUUUUAACAACAGAACCAGUCAAAUAUUUUAACAACAGAACCAGUCAAAUAUUUUAACAACAGAACCAGUCAAAUAUUUUAACAACAGAACCAGUCAAAUAUUCUAACAACAGAACCAGUCAAAUAUUUUAACAA